AUGGCGGGUAUGAUGUUGGCUGACCCAGCUCCAGCACCAUAUUAUUAUGACUAUGGAGAUGACGACAGAACACCACAUGUAGAUGAACAAAAGCUAACAUUAUAUUUAGAUUAUUAUAGAUAUAAAAGAUAUAAUGCAAUAGAAAAAACGAGAAUAGUAUAUUAUUAUACAGAUGACAGAAAUAAAUAUUAUAGUCAAGAUUUUACCUACCCUGAAAACAUAAGAUUAUAU